CAUCAUCAAGUCUUAAUCAUUCAACUACUCUCACAACCCAUCUCAGAUAUCAAACAUCGAACAUUCUCAGCUUACCGAUCAUAACUCACUUUCUCAUCUAAAACCGGUUAGCGAAUCCAACUCAGCAAUCAGUCGGCUCCAGACCUUUAUCAAACCCGGACCUUAUACACAGAUGUCAUCCAAUAACAAACGAUUCCAUCAAGCUCCUCAUCUUCUUCCUCGUUCUUCAAAGGUUAAACCUACUAAACGACAUGGUGAACCUGCUACAGACACUUGGUCUCGAUUAGCUAAAGCAAUCACUGAAAUCUUAAACCAUAAUGCAUCCAAACUUUCUUUUGAAGAACAUUAUCGGUAUGCCUAUAAUAUGGUACUCUAUAAGCAAGGUACCAAGCUCUUCAAUGGGGUCAGAGAUCUAGUGGCCCACCAUCUAGAUGACCAAGCCAACCAAAAAAUCAAGCCGAACUUCCCAUCUCAAGAAAGGUUUUUGAAAUCGGUUAGAGAGGUUUGGGAUGAUCAUGUGGCUUGUAUGAAAAAAUUGAGAGAUGUAUUGAAGUAUAUGGACAAAGUUUAUACUGCAGCACCAGGAAAUAACUUUGAUUGGAUGCCACCAGUAUGGGACUUGGGUCUUUACAUCUUCCUAACCCAUGUAAUCCGAUCCCCACACCAUCCCAUCUCAUCCCACCUAAUCAAUGCCAUCAUCACACUCAUCACAUCCGAAAGAUUAGGAGACACGAUCAAUAGUUCAGUAGUUAGAUCAGCUACUGAAAUGUUAACCGAUUUAACAAACCAUAGUGUUGAGAUUAUCAAAAGAGUAGAUGAUAAAACGGGUGGAAAUGGCGGUGGUCCGGCGGGUGAAAGUAUUUAUUUGACGGACUUUGAACCGCUUUUUUUGGCCGAGAGUCGUGAGUUUUAUAAGAAUGAAGGAAACCAACUUUUAAGUUCUUGUAAUGCAUCUGAAUAUCUUAAAAAGGUUGAAAAACGUUUGGCAGAAGAAGAAAUCCGAUCACAAGCUUACCUUCAUUUACCAACUGAACAAUGCCUAGCAUUUAUUUUAGAUGAAGAACUAAUCAAAAAACACAUCAAUGGAAUCCUACAUCAUGCAUCAGGAGGUUUAAACCUAAUGAUCGAACAUGAUGCCAAAGACGACUUAAAACGACUCUACACUCUCUUACUUAGGAUCCCUGAGCAAGGUUUGAACAGUUUAAAAGAAGGAGUUAAAGAUUGGAUUAAAGAACGAGGGAAUCGGAUCAAUGAAGGUUUUAAUGGUGAAGCCAUUACUCGUGAUGAACCUCAAGCGGGUAAUAAUUCAACCGCUUUACAAUGGGUUUCGGAUGUCAUUGCUUUGAGAGAUAAGUUUUUGGUGAUCCUUUCCGAAAGUUUUUCGGCUAAUAAGCUUUUACAAAGUUGUAUUGAUGAGGCUUUUAGCUCUUUUAUCAAUGCUAACAAACGAUCUGCUGAGUUUAUCAGUUUGUUUAUUGAUGAUAAACUCAAGAAAGGAUUAAAAGGAAAAACAGAUGAAGAAAUCGAAUCUGAAUUAGAUAAGACAAUUGCACUUUAUAGACAUUUACAUGAAAAAGAUUUAUUUGAGAAAUAUUAUAAAGCACAUCUUGCCAAAAGAUUGUUAUUUGGAAAAUCAGUUUCAGAAGAUACAGAAAGGAAUAUGUUAGGAAAAUUAAAAGUCGAAUCAGGUAGUGCUUUUACACGUGAUUCUGAAGGGAUGUUGAAAGAUUUGAAAAUGUCAAAUGAGAUGGGUAAGAGUUUUAAAGAUUGGUGUAGUAAGAAACAUCCCGCUGUUCCUUUGGAUUUAGUAGUGACGGUAGGAUCUUCAUCUAUGUGGCCAAUGUCACAAGGAAACAAUCAAAUGAAAACACCAUGUAUCUUACCGAAAUUGUUGGAUGAUUCGAUUAAACUCUAUGAAAGGUUUUAUUCGACUAGACAUAGUGGUAGAAGAUUAACUUGGCAUACUGAAUUAGGUAGUUUGGAAAUCAAAAUCAAGUUUAAUAAAUCAACUCAUGAACUUAGUUUAUCUACUUUAGCUGGUGUGGUGGUCCUUUUGUUUGAUGGAGUGGAUGAAUCGAGGAAAUUUACUUAUCCAGAAAUUCAAGAAGCAACAGGCAUGUCAGAUGGAGAUUUAAAACGAACCUUACAAUCCUUAUCAUGUGCGAAAUAUAAGAUUUUAUUAAAAGAACCUAAAUCACGUGAGAUUAAUGAAAGAUUAGAUGAAUUUAAAUUGAAUUUGAAUUUUACAAAUCCGAUGACGAGAAUCAAGAUUCAAACGAUUACCAACAAAGUUGAAAAUAAAGUAGAACAAAAAGAAACUAAUGAUCGGGUUGAAGAAGAUCGUAGGUUACAUACUGAAGCUUGUAUUGUAAGAGUGAUGAAAACAAGACAAAGAUUAGGUUAUACUGAAUUAAAUCAUGAAGUGAUCAAUCAACUUGCUAAACGAUUUAAACCUACUCCUACGGUCAUCAAAACUUCGAUUGAGAAAUUAAUCGAAAAGGAAUACUUGGCUCGUGAUAAUCAUGACCGAAAGAUCUUGAUUUACUUGGCUUGAAUGAGAAUGAUGGGUUUGUUUAUUCUAGAAAGAUAUUGAUCAGGAAAGGGUCUUUGGUUAUAUAUAUUGAUCUGUUUCUUUAUGUAAUCAGAUCAGUCUAUUUUGAAGAAGUUCAAAAACCGUUUAGAGUAGAGACAAUUUGAUUAUCGAUUCUAUCUAUCUAUCUAUAUAUAUAUCAUGAAGUUUUUGUUUCUUUGUUUCAUUGAUUUCAUGUGGGUAAGAAGUGUAAGUUGGGAAGAAUUGAUGAUGAGAUGAAUUUUUUUUUAUAUGAAAAGUCGAAUUUGGAAACAUUUUUUUUUUGCUUCUUUGUAUGAAUCUGAUUUGGUAAUUUGAAAUUUCCUUUUUUUUAC